AUUUAAUGGUGUAAAGUGAUAAAAUCUUUCAAUAAAUCUUUAUAAAAACUUAAAAUUAACUAAAUUUAAAUCCUAAAAAAUUAAAGAAAGAAUUAAUGAAAAAAUUAAUCAAUUUAUUUUAGAUAGCAGGUUGGAGUUAUGUCAUUAUUGAUGUGAUUUUCAACAUUUUAGAAAAACCCGAAAAAUUCUUAGACUAAAGUAGCGAAAACACAUUUAGCAGAGCCAUUUUUGUCAUGAGAAUCGUUUAAACAGCUUAAUUUAUAGACUUCAUUUAGUCUUCUGGAAACCUCGUUUCAGUAUUUGCCUAGUACCUUGGAAGAAUGAUUGUUGCUUGGCUUUAUAUGAGUGAGGUAGUCCCAACUUGUUAUGCUACUAGUGUGCUUCUAGCCUGGUCUACUGCUGAUAUCAUAAGAUAUCUCUAUUACAUUUCAAAAAGCGAUAUAGUUGCAUUCUUUAGAUAUAAUGCAUUUUUAAUAUUGUAUCCAGUUGGAGUUUUCUUAGGUGAAAUUUUUUGCAUUCAAUACACAUUGGCUAAAUUAAAUCCCACAUCUGAUUUCUAUGACAUUUAGUAUUAUUUUGGAAAAUUUGUCUAAGUAGCCGUUUGUAUCGGUAUGCCUUUGCUCUAUGCUUAUCUUUUAAAAGUUAGAUCUAAAUUCUACAGCAAAAGAGAAUCUACUAAAUAAGUUAAACAAACCAAAUCUUAAUAGAAAAGAGAUUGAAAGAUUUUUCUGCUUAACUUUAAUAUUUUUGUCAAAAUCUAAUAAAAUUUUGAAUAAAUGUAAGUAAAAUGAUGGAUUAUUUGUUAAUUUCAAUUAUUUAU